AGCCUCUUGGUGUUCCCGGCACCGCCGCUGUCCUGCAUGCCCAGCCGGGCAACCACCGGGCCAGGACGACCUCGCCACCAGACCGGGUCAGAGCAGGAGUGGUGGCAGCCGGGAGAAGCCCCCGGGGACUCAGCGAUGCUGGGACUGCGCCCGCAGCCGCUUCGGGACUGGUGAGCAGGGUGGGGGAAAGCCCCAUGGGUCUUCAUCUGCUUGAGGGGCCGGGCCAGCAUGGAGCCAGCCAGCGCCCUUCCCAACACCUCCGGUAACGGCAGUGGCGCUGGCAGUGCCCCACACUCACCCGCAGCCACGGGGCUCAUCUUGCUGGCAGCCCUGUCCGUCCUGCUGGCCACACUGGUGGGCAACGCUCUGGUGGUGGUGGCCAUCUCCACCAGCCGGGCCCUGCAAGCCCCACAGAACCUCUUCCUCGUGUCCCUGGCCUCGGCAGACAUCCUGGUGGCUGUCCUCGUCCUGCCCUUCUCGCUGGCCAACGAGGUGAUGGGCUACUGGUACUUUGGUGGGCUGUGGUGCAGCCUGUACCUGGCGCUGGACGUGCUGCUCUGCACCGCGUCCAUCGGACACCUCUGUGCCAUCAGCCUCGACCGCUACUGGGCCGUCACACGGGCAGCACGGCUCAACCUGCGCCGCAGCCCACGGCGGGUGAAGGCCAUGAUCGGCGCGGUCUGGGCAGCGGCGGCCCUGGUGGCACUGCCACCGCUCCUGCGGCCGCGGCCAGGCGGGUGGGAGUGCCAGCUGAGCCAGGAGACCUGGUACGUGCUGGCCUCCUGCGCCGCCUCCUUCUUCGUGCCCUGCCUCGUCAUGGUUGCCGUGUACUGCCGCAUCUACCGCCUGACUGCCCAGCGGACGGCCGCCCUGCUCGCCGCCCGCUCUCCACGCCCUGCCAGCGGCGAUGGAAAGGUGUCGGGCAUGGGGAUGCUGAGGUGGCGCCGCCGGAGCCAGCACCAGAGUGUGUUGCUGUGCCGCCGGCGGCUGGUGCGGGCGCGGGAGCGGCGCUUCACUGUCGUGCUGGCUGUGGUGAUGGGCGCCUUCAUGCUGUGCUGGUUCCCCUUCUUCUUCACAUACAGCCUGGGGGCUCUCUGUGGGCAGGGCUGCCGUGUCUCCAAGCCCCUCUUCAACUUCUUCUUCUGGAUCGGCUACUGCAACAGCAGCAUCAACCCCCUCAUCUACACCCUCUUCAACCGGGACUUCCGUGCUGCCUUCCGCCGGCUCCUCGCUGUCCCCCACCGGCACCGCUCUUAGGGACCCAUUGGGACACUGGGGAUGUGGCCCUCAGCCCUGCUCAGUGUUCACCUGGCCACACCACGGACCCUGGAUGGCAGUGCCAGUGUGCAGCUCGAGGUGUUUCUGGAACUG